GUUUGCUUGAAUUUAGUCUGGGCCAGACCUCAAAAUUUCUAGUAAAAAGUCUAAUUUCAUUUUACAGCCCUGGCCAAAGAUGUUUACGCGAACAGUUGUAAGCUGCAAUCCGCAGGCAUUAGCGAGGUCGUGCAACUCUUGCAUGCAGCCCGUGAUCACGUUCAGCAAUUCUUUGUUUUGCAAUGGACUCAUGCAAAGGCUGGACAACUGUCAAAUUACUACGCGUACAGUCGCCACUGACCAAACUGAUGACUCUAUUGGUCAUAAUCAUAGCUCGAAUGUUAAGGCCACUGGUCGAAGGCAUAACGACAGUAAGGCUGCCCCGAAAGGCAAGCUACCGAUUCAAGGCAAGCCCGCCACACGCAAAUACAGGGUGUCUUGUCAACGCUUCUAUAAUGAUGAUUUUAGGCGGCGGGAUGUUGCAUCAAUUUCACAAAGGCGAAGGGAAUUGGUUGUUCGGCAGAGCAAGGAAAUGCUGAACGAACUGGAAAACCUGAGAGUUCAGUGUGAAAGCUUGGUUCAACAGCACCCGAAUGCCAAUUUGGUCGAGCUGGAAGAUUUGAAUAGUGAGGCAAGAGCCAUUGUCGAGAUAUGCAAAGAGCUGAAUCAGCAGCAUGAGAGCGAUAAAAUGCCGGAGCGUAUUAAAAAUUCAUCACAUUCGGGAAAUACAAUUAUCAAGCAAGAUAAGCAGAAAAAGCAACAACACAUUUUGAAAAGGCAAUGUAAAGCUUUGGCAAAAACGAAGUCAUUACAAUGGAAAAACGCAGUUGCUAAUGGAGAGGAGCAGCUUGAACAGAAGGUUAAGGAACUGGCCCAGUAUAAAGAGUCUGGUCAAUCGGGCAAACAGCAAACGCAAUCGAAAAAUCAGAUCGACAGGAAUAUGGAUGACAUAUUUGACCACCUUCAUCAAUUUAGGCUCGAAAAGCAGCAGUUCGUAAAGCAACAUGAAGUAUUGAAAAGGCUUGAAGAGCUGAAGCAUCAGUGCAGAAAUUUGGCAUACAUGGCAAAGGUGAAGCCCAUGGGGGCGAUUGGUACUACAGAUCCAGAAAAUUUCAAACAGCAGUGUAGAGAGAUGUCGCGUAAGGCAAAUAAUGCAAAAGAUGAAACAAAUAAGGAUAAGGGCGAAAAAUCAGAUAAAUCGAAAAAAGAAAAAGGAGACAAAAAGCAAGUCAAAGGUGAAACUCAGCAAAAAGAAAAAGGAAAUGCAAAGGGAAAGGGAGAAGGCAAAGAAGGGGAGGGAAAGAAGACCGACGAAAUGGCUGAGUGUGAAAAAUUAGCUAAAGAAGAAGAAGAAAAAAAGUGCAAAGAGCAAGCCAUGAGAGAGGAGUGCGCGAUUUUACUCGAAGAGGAAAAAGCAAGGAAAAUCAAAGAAGCGAAGCAAAAGAAAAGCAGAGCAUUUCAGAAAAAGCUAGAGCGCGAAAACAAAAAGAGGCAAGAAAGAGAGAAAAAAAAGAAAGAGAUGGACAAGAAAUGUCAGGAAUUUGCCCAAGAAGAAGAGUGUGCUAAAUUAGCUAAGAAAGAAAAAGAACAGAAAGAAAAUGAAGAGCUGGAAAAUAAAUGCAAAGAACUAUCCGAAAAAGAUCAGUGCAGUAAAUCCGACAAAGGAAAAGAUGAGAAGAAACAAGACACGAAAGGUGCCAAGGCAGAAAAGGAAAAGAACGAGAAAGGAAAAGGCACAGAUCAGAAAACAAAGACCGAUACCAAAAAGAAACCAAACAAGAUAAUGGCCACCUUUGAAGAACUCAAGGAACAUUGCCGAAAUUUGGCUAAGAUGGCGAAAGCUAAUUGCAAGAAAGACACACCUUGUAAAGUAGACCAUAUUGAAAAAGAAUGCAUGGAAAAGGGCCAAAAAGAACUGUGUGAUAACGCAAAUAAAAAGGAGAAGGGCCAGGAAAAGAAGGACAAAGGUAAGGGAGAAGAAAAGAAAGGGAAAGAAGAACAGAAAGGCAAAGCUAAGACAGAAGAAAAGCAAGGUAAAGCUAAGGGAGAAGAAAAGAAAGGCAAAAACGCGGGCACGGCGGAAAAAGAUAAGGGUCAGGAAAAGAAAGAUUCGGGAAAUAAAUUAGCCCAACAAAAAGCUGAUGCAGAGAGAAAGGCGAAACUAAAAAAAUGCAAAGAGUUGGCUGAAAAAGAUAAAUGCGCCGCGUUAGCUAAACAGAAAAAUAAAGGAAAAAAUCUAAAACAGAAAUGCAAAGAGUUAGCACAAAAAGAACAGUGCGCUAAAUUAGCUAAGAAAGAAAAGAAAAAUAAAGGGGAAGACGAUUGCGAAACAGAAAAUAAGGACAAAGGCGCGGAUCAAAAACUGGACAAAAAGGCGCGAUGUGCCCAACUGGCAAAGAAACAAAGAGCCAAGAAAAAAGCAUUGGCCGAAGAGAAACAAUGUGCUGAAUUGGCGAAAAAAGAAGAAGAGCAGAAAAAGGCGUUGGCCCAAAAGGAAGCAUGGGCUAAAUUGGCAAAGAAAGCAAAGGAGAAAUGUAAAAAAAAGACCUAGAUAAAAAGUGUAAAGAAUUGGCGUUAGAAGAACAAUGUGAUA